AUUAGUUGGACAUUGGUUGUUAUGGAAACGAAAGAAUUAUGUACAUGUUUUAAACAAGAUUUCUCUCCGUGCAGGCAAAAUCGUCUACCUGGCAACCCUGCCAUGCAUCGCUUUUGUUUUUUGUUUUUUACUGUGCUGAUAACUACAGGUUUUAUACAAUAGUCCCCCAAUAUCUGGCAGGAUAUAAAUAGAGCGGCUUUCGCAGGCGGGGUGGACAAACAUGAUUAGCCGCCCAGCGCGUGCCAUCAAGUGUUUUAUAAGAGCGCGAUUUUGAUUUGCCAUUGCCAUUGUUAUUGUUAUUUCGCCUCUGCCCACAAACGCAGAAGAAAAGCUAAUAAAAAAACAAACGUUGCCAAAACGUUGUUGUUAUGUAAAUGCACGGAAGCAGAACAUUGGACACGGACACAAAGGCACCAUCCUCACCCGGAAUCCACCAUAAUCCGUGCGCUCUCCAUUGGGAUACAAAGCGAAAGGUCGGAGCACCCGCGAUCAUCACGCGAUUGUGUGAAAGUUUCACCUGCCCAGAAUACCCCUGGCUUGGAAAUGGCCGCCAAAACGGAUGACUCCUCGCCAGCAGUGGCCCCUGGCAGCAGUAGUAGUCCUGCGCCGUCCAGUGGACGCCACCAGCUGCGACCUGUAAAGUUCGACUACGCGGACUCUUUUGCCUGCACCUACAUCGUAUCCGUGGUGGCCGCAUCAAUUGCUGAGCUCGCCACGUAUCCCUUGGAUUUGACCAAGACGCGUUUGCAGAUCCAGGGCGAAGGAACGGCUCAAUCCGUGGGAAAGUCUAGUAUGCAAUACCGCGGCAUGGUGGCCACCGCCUUCGGGAUUGCGCGCGAGGAGGGCGCCCUGAAGCUGUGGCAGGGCGUAACGCCAGCGCUCUACCGACACGUCGUCUAUAGCGGCGUGAGGAUCUGCAGCUAUGACCUAAUGCGCAAGGAGUUCACCCAGAACGGCACACAGGCGCUGCCUGUAUGGAAAUCGGCACUGUGUGGUGUUACUGCUGGAGCCGUAGCCCAGUGGUUAGCAUCGCCCGCUGACCUGGUCAAAGUGCAAAUCCAAAUGGAAGGCAGGAGGCGACUUAUGGGUGAGCCACCAAGAGUCCACUCUGCUGGUCACGCCUUCCGAGAGAUCGUACACCGGGGCGGUGUGAAGGGCCUGUGGAAGGGCAGCGUCCCGAAUGUGCAGCGAGCGGCGCUUGUCAACCUUGGCGACUUAACAACAUAUGACACUAUCAAGCACUUGAUCAUGGACCGCCUGCAGAUGCCCGACUGCCACACAGUCCACGUACUGGCCUCUGUUUGUGCGGGUUUCGUGGCAGCGAUCAUGGGCACGCCAGCUGAUGUUGUAAAGACGCGCAUCAUGAACCAGCCCACCGACGAGAAGGGGCGGGGCCUGCUGUAUCGCGGAUCCGUGGACUGCUUGCGUCAGACAGUGGCCAAGGAGGGAUUUGUGGCGCUGUACAAGGGCUUCCUGCCCUGCUGGAUACGAAUGGCACCGUGGUCGCUAACAUUCUGGCUGUCUUUUGAACAAAUCCGUAAGAUGAUCGGCGCCUCUGGCUACUGAGCGGCGGCUCAAUCUAUGUUUAGGUGUAGAUGUACAUACAAGCAGAUGUAUAAUGCAGUUCGUUCAUAUUGCCCCGCCUCAAAGUCGGUCUUAAUCUUUUUUGCCGUGCCUGAAUAUCUUAAUGCCUGGAUGUUGUGCGGCUUCUGGCAAAGCUUAGCAUAUACUCUGUCCAUUUUUAGUGUGUUAUGCCAGAGGGUUUUUCCCACUUAGAUCUUUCGGGUUUCUUUCUCCUACUUUUUGUUAUUGUUGUUGCCUUAAGAAAAUCAAAAAACCUUACAAUAAAGCAAGAAACUUGUUAUUUCAAACAGUGGUUACUUUUUUAAGAGCCUAGUGAAAAGGAAAGAGAUAGCAAUGUUGGUACUCUUUUCAAAAAAACAAUAUAAUCCUGUAAAAUAAAUUACUAA